AUGGAUAAGGAGAUCACCUUCGGGCCGAGGGACGCGGUCCCCCUAGCAUCUGGGAACCAUGAGGCCAUCGUCAUCGAUGUUGUGACCAACAACUAUCGGGUGAAGAAGGUGUACGUCGACCAAGAGAGUGCGGUCGACAAUAUGUUUUAUCGGGUGUUCAGGGAGCUCGGCUUGGAGGACGGACAGCUGACCCAGGUUCGGACACCCCUGGUGGGCUUUACCGGACCGCCUGUCAACCCGGAGGGAAUGAUCACCCUGAUGGUCACGGUAGGGCAAACCCCCAAGUGCCGGACCAUCCCUGUCAAUUUCGUGGUGGUCAAGCAGCCAUCCCCGUAUAACAUAUUCCUUGGUCGGCCUGUUUUAAAUGCCCUCCGAGCCAUUCCCUCAACGCUCCACCUCAGCGUCAAGUUUCCCACCCCGGGAGGGGUUGCCGAGGUGCAUGGAGAUCCGGAGGUGGCCCGAACUUGUUACCUAACCAUGCUCCGGGGACACGAGAAGGUGGUCGCUCAGGCGAUCAGCUUGGAACCUUACAUCUCGGGGGAGGAGGAACGGCAGCGGGGCACUCAGGACGAGAUCGAGGAAUUCCCAUUAAGGGAGGACAGGCCUGACCAGGUAAUCCGCAUCGGAGCGUCACUACUGCCCAAGGAGAAGGAUGACCUAAAGGCCCUCCUGAGGGAGUACGCCCAGGUUUUCGCAUGGACGGUAGAGGAUAUGCCCGAAAUUCCGACCGACCUGGCCGUCCACCACCUCAACAUAGACCCCCGCUUUAAGCCCGUGAAGCAGAAGAAGAGAAACUUCGCUCCUGAGAGAAAUGAGGCGAUCAGGAAGGAGGUCGGAAAGCUGCUGGAAUCCAAAAUCAUCAUGGAGGUCUACUACCCGACCUGGCUAGCCAACCCUGUCCUGGUUAAGAAGGAGGACCAGUCCUGGAGGAUGUGCGUUGACUUCACAGAUCUCAAUAAAGCCUGCCCGAAGGACUGCUUCCCCUUACCAAGGAUCGACAGGUUAGUAGAUGCUACUGUUGGUUUUGACGUCUUGUGUUUCCUCGAUGCUUUUAAGGGGUACCAUCAGAUCGAGAUGGCCGAGGAGAAUCGAGAAAAAACGUCGUUCAUCACCGAGGAAGGAACCUACUGCUACCGGACGAUGCCGUUCGGGCUGAAGAACGCCGGAGCUACAUACCAGCGUUAA